AUGGCUAUUAAAGAACAACAAAAUGAUUUAGAAGCUCAAAUCUCUCAUCUUAGUGAUGAUUCAGAAAAUUAUGAUCAUGAUCGUUAUUAUGAAAAUAAUCCAAUUUCUGUAAAUUCACAAUCAAGAACUUAUAAUACAAAUUAUUCCAAGAAUCAAGGUUCAGAUUUAUUAUAUAGUAUAACAACAUCAGGUACUGCAAAUGAAUUUAUUCAUUUAGAUGGUAAAAAAUUUUUAAAAUCUGAUAUGUUAGCUGCUUUUGGUGGUUCAUUAACUCCUGGUAAUUCAUUACCAUCUCCAUAUAAAUUUGCAAAUCCUGCUCCAUUAGGUUUAAGUGCUUUUGCUUUAACUACUUUUGUUUUAUCAUUAAUUAAUUGUCAAGCAAGAUCUGUUCAAGUUCCAAAUAUUGUUGUUUGUUUAGCAAUGUUUUAUGGUGGUCUUGUUCAAUUAACUGCAGGUAUGUGGGAAAUUGCAUUAGGUAAUGUUUUUGGUGGUACUUGUUUAAGUUCUUAUGGUGGAUUUUGGUUAAGUUUUGGUGCUAUUUAUAUUCCAUGGUUUGGAAUUUUAGAUGCUUAUGAAUCUGAAAUUGAAUUAGAAAAUGCAGUUGGAUUUUAUUUAUUAGGUUGGACAAUUUUCACUGCUGGUGUUACUUUAUGUACUUUAAAAUCAACAGUUGCAUUUUUUGGUUUAUUUCUUUCUUUAACUAUAACUUUCUUAAUGUUAUCAGUUGGUAAAUUUGUUCAAAGUACUUCAUGUACAAAAGCUGGUGGUAUUUUUGGUCUUAUUACUGCUUUAUUAGCUUGGUAUAAUGCAUUUGCUGGGUUAGCUAAUAAAGAAAACUCAUAUAUUGUUGCCAAUGGUAUUCGUUUACCACAAUUCAAACGUGAUUAG